UAUUUUGAAACCCCUGGAUUCAUUCUUUUUUACUCUCUCACUCUCGCUGUGGCUUCAACAUCACCUCAGAGGAGCUUAAUCUAGAUUAGCACUAGCAAGAAAUGUGUAGAUUUCACUGUUGAUCUGUUCAGCAUUAACAGCACCUAUGUUAAUUGUGUGUUGAUAUCUAAUAUUUAUGAAAAUGUCUAAUUUUAAUGAAUCUGCAUCUAACCUCACUCUGGGACUAAUUGAUCAAAAUACUCCAAUGAAGGCAUCUUUGAUUGUGACACCAAGUAUUGUUUUCCUUUAUGUCAACGGGGUCAUGAUCUUCACUUUAAGGAAAAAGGCUGUUUUUCAGGAGAUGUCUCGCUAUAUUCUGUUUGGUCACAUGCUUUGGGUCGAUACAUUGAGUCUCAUUUUUAGUCUUUCAGUGUAUAUAUGUGCUGUCUGUAGGUUUUUAAUAAUCAGAAACAUCUGUCUUCUUCUUCUCGUUUCUGCAAAAGCUCUCUUUCAUGUCUCUAUCUUAAAUCUGUCUUUAAUGUCACUGGAGAGAUAUGUGGCCAUCUGUUUUCCUCUCAGACAUGCAGAAUUCACCAGUUUUAAAAUUACUCACACAGCUAUCGUCGUUGUUUGGGUCUUGGGAUUGAUUCAGUGUUUGUCUGAAGUCAUUAUCUUCUAUUCUUUUGAUUCUGCAAACACAGUUCUGAAUUCAUUUUGCACAAGAAUUAUACUUUUCAGACUGCAGAUCUACAAGAGCAUUGACAUAGCUUUCACGUGUAUAUUUUUUGUGUUGGUGUCUUUUGUUAUAAUCUUUACCUAUGCCUCUAUAGCAGCUGUGGCUAAAACUGCUGCUUGUGAUAAACUGUCAGCCAAAAAAGCUAAUAAGACUGUUCUUCUGCAUCUAAUACAGCUGGGUCUUGGUGCAAUGUCCAUCUUAGUUGGAGUUGUCCAAGAAGCUAUUUAUCUGUCUACUAACUAUUUAACUGCAAUAAAUGUGAUGUAUUUUUGUUUUGUGGUGUUUAUAGUUUUCCCCAAGUGUCUAAGUCCUCUUAUUUAUGGUAUGCGAGAUCAGGCUUUUUGUUGUCUCUUUAAAUAUUACUUCACAUUCGGUAAAGGUAAAGUCAAACCAGUUUUAAUAGAGCUACAUGUGUAAUAGCAAUGGUUUAAACAUUUGCACUUUGUAUAGUGUUGUAUGUUGCCACUAUUUAUUAAAGUUGAAUCAGACAUACUCAACAAACUGAUGCAAACAAAUGUUUGUCUUUAUUAUUUUUAUUUAUGUAUUAUAUUAUAUCAUAUUAUAUUUCAAUAAAGAAUAACAGAGAUGAAUAUUUUUCCACAGAGAACAGUCCUCAGGAUCUAAAUCCUUCACAAACACAAGCCUUUUCCUUAAUAAGAAGUUAAUCUUUGGGGUCUUUUGACACUUAGCAUGAUCAAUAGACAUGACUGAUGGAUGUGACCCACUCGUAUUCAGACUUCAGUGAAUGUGUCAGCUGGGAACAUUUAGCAGAAUCCUCAUUCAUGCCAAAAAAAAUGUAAAACCGGCUUCUGAAGCUUCUGUGAGUACUUCGAUGGCAUGUUGGUGUCUAAUUAUUAUUCAUGCACUGAGUUUUCUUGUGAGAAGAUGCUGCUUCUCGAUUGUUGGUCAAGCUGUGAGACCGUAGUGUUGUCAGAAGUACCAACAACAGAAGUACCAAGUCUGUAUUGAAAUGUUGUUGUUGUUGUUGUUGUUGUUGUUGUUGUUUUUUGUUUUUGUUUUUUAAUGUAGUGAUCACAGCAUUUCCUGCUUGUAUGUUGUGCCUGAGUACUUUGGUGUUUUAAAAAUAGAUAUGUGCCAGUGUACAUUUUGAAAUAAAAAUAUAAAAAAUCUUGCA